AUGGUAUUCCGGAUUGUCCCAACUCCUAAUAUGGCUAGUAUUGAUCCGUAUCCAAGUUUUAGUGAACUCUUCCGAGCUGCCGUUUUUCAUCGUUUUGUGUUAUCGACGGGAAUGGCCUUGAAUUUACUGGAUGAAAAACCUGUUAUUACAACAAAAUAUGUUCCUUUCCUGAGUUUUUGUGCACACGCUUCCCUUGAUCCAGGGAAUCCUCAGUAUCCGAUAGAGGUCUUGAAGUAUGGCUACAGUUCCUAG